GUUCUGCAAUCAGCUGAUUGCUGCAGGAGACUGAGAACGAUCUGCCAGUAGAGCCAUACAAUUUCUUACUAAAACAUUGUACAUUUCUCUAAUGGCAGGACGAGGCAAAUUAAUUGCUGUAAUCGGCGAUGAGGACACGUGCACAGGAUUCCUGCUGGGAGGCGUCGGCGAGCUGAAUAAGAACCGCAAGCCCAAUUUUCUUGUGGUCGAAAAGGACACAAGCAUCACUGAGAUAGAGGAGACAUUCAAGAGCUUUCUGGCUCGCGAUGACAUUGGGAUCAUCCUGAUCAAUCAGUUCAUCGCGGAGAUGAUCCGGCACGCCAUAGAUGCCCACAUGCUGUCCAUCCCCGCGGUGCUAGAGAUCCCCUCCAAGGAGCACCCGUAUGACGCCUCCAAGGACUCCAUACUGCGCAGGGCCAAGGGCAUGUUCUCCGCAGAGGACUUCCGAUAAUCCCCGCCUCUCAGUGGGAGGGCAGUGCCCGAGGUGUGGGCAGGGCGUACCAUGGAGCACGAUGCACAUUCAGGAGGUAUCCCCACACAUCAGUGCUUUUUGUCCCAGAACUUAUUUCCAUUCCUGACGAAACUGAGGAGGAAAAAUUUUGCUUCCGG